UCGUGUCCCACUCGAGAACUUCGUUCUUCCCCAGAUCUAGAGGUUCGCAGUCAAUAACGCCGGCAUAUGUGACUGACUGCACAGAAAGCUCCAGGUUAGCUAGAUGCAGAGCAAGGUGUGUCGUAAAAUACCUAGGCUACAGCUGCUAACCUUUCUUUAUUACCGUACACGCGCCCUGGGAACAAAACACUUUUGUUUCUUGGACAAUACUAGUGAGAAGCUAAUUUGGCAAACCUUUAGGCGUAAAGCAGCUGAUGAGUAAGCUAUGUACAUGUACAUGUAUAACUCCACGAAAAGAAGAAUAGUAUUAGUAGUGGUCUGUCGCGCAGGUCGUUGCAGCUGAACGCCUAUAUACUCCGCAGAGCGUUUACUCAUGUCUCCUUCAGGAUUUCAUCAGAUGCCAGCAAUGACGCACAUUGGCACCAUACUGAUUGUUUGUGUGCAUCUUGCUUGGCCUGGAGCCGCCCAGCGCAGUGGACCACUAGGCGAUCUGGAUCCCGAUGUAUCAAGCUCCCUGCCAGCCGCCUGUUCAAUGUGCAAUUGCACCGGCGGAAGAGUCGAUUGUCAGCAACUGAAUUUGUCUUCAUUCCCCACAAGUUCUUUACCAACAUCCAUUACUGAAAUAUUAUUGUCGCGUAACAGACUUCGCACGCUGGCAGCUACGUCUUUCUACAGAUUUUCAGACCUAACGGACCUGUUCCUUGACAAUAACCAUCUAUCAAAUUUGCCCAGCGGACUAUUCAACCAAUUAAAGAAUUUAGAGAUAUUGAACCUUGCCUCAAACAGACUUAGAGCACUUCCGGGUCGUAUAUUCUCCGGCAUGGAACGCUUGACGGAUCUGUACUUAGACAGCAAUCAGAUCUUCUUUGUGUCUCCAACUGCCUUUUACGGACUCCACUCACUUGAGAAACUAUCACUAAGAAAUAAUAGUCUAACUAGACUGGAGCCAGAUGUAUUCGCUGUACUUACUCCAGAAACAGUCCUUAUUAUCAAUGAAAACAAUGUGCGCGGUGAGAAUGCCUGUCCCAUUACGACGGUCGCCUCCAGUAACUUACAGGCUGAUGCAACAGCUAUUGAGGCCAGAGGAAAUAUGUUAUCGCAAUGUGGUACGGCAGCUCUCACAUGUUUUAAAUUAAACCAAGAGACGAGAUUCGACUGCAGGUGUCCUCAAGGAACUGCAUUCUUCAACCACAGUUGCAACGAUAACUCAACAUGCUCAAGCCAGCUCGGAAAUUGCUCAAACUUCAUCCAAUGCGUCACGACCGGGAUAAGCAGUCGUCUGAAAUGUACCUGCCCAGAAGGCACUGAGAUUCGUCCGUCGUUACAGUCAGAUAUAGCGUCACCUGAGUGCAUUGUUGCUUGCAACAGCACUGAAGUACGUGAUGAGCCGGGACAGUGCGUAUGCGCUGAUGGAUAUGCAGGUGACGAAUGUGACGAUAUUGAUGAGUGUGAUAAUUCCACCCAGAGUUUAUGUCCGCCGGAGCAGCUCUGCACAAACACAAUCGGUUCUUACCAGUGUACAUGUCGACGCAGAAAUUUCAGUAACGAAUCUUUAUGCUUAGGAGUAUGUGCGUCAGACACCACCAGUGGGCAAGCGGGUACUCUGAACUGGGACCAAACCUUUGAAGGAGAAACCCUGACUAUUCCCUGUCCGUCAGUACCCGAUAUGAAUGCUUCUCGUCGCUGCGUCUUGUCGGAGGACAACGCCAGUAGGUCAAGUGCAAUGUGGGGUGCAGUGGACAGUUCACAAUGCCUGUCUGACCCGGAAUACGAUAUCAGUGAUUUAUUAUCGAUUUCCAUUAGCACCGAUGAUCCGGGGCAAAUACUGUUUUUGAGCGAGAGCUUGCGAGAUGUGACUGGAAAUGUGUCGACGCUUACGAGAGACAAUUUUAUUCAAAUCUCAGGAUUCAUGGAGAGGAUGAUGAUGGCCGUGGUCCAGGGAACGUUUCCAAGCAAUGACAAAACCCAGAUCUCAAAAUCCAUCGUGGGAACAGUGAGCAACGUCUUGAAUGCGCCAAUGGAAGCAUUCGCGACUCAAGGAGCGGAAAGAAUUACACUCUCCAUGGAGACCCUGGUGACAUCUCUUAGCAUAUCCGCGGACGAAAGUAUCGAAGCUAUAGAGGAGAAUGUUGGUUUCGUCGUCACAUGUCCGGAUGCUGUGAAAGAAAAUGGGCCUGGCGUGGUCAAUCAAACUGAUGGAUCUCGACGUUUCGGUGUCGACUUGGCAAGGCUUGGAUCGAUAGGCCAUGAUCUCAAAUUCAAAUUGCCAAGCGAUCUGCUGGCUGCGGAGGGAAUGCCCCCAGAUCAAGGACGGCCCGUUGACUCAUGUGCAUCAAGGGCUCUGCAGCUAAUCGUUUACAGACAAACCUCCCUGUUUCAGGACUCUCGCUAUCAAGCCAUCUUGGGAGGUGAAAACGGGUCUGUAUCCAGAAUUGUAUCGGCUCAGAUGGGCAACACUUCUCUACAUAACCUAUCGUCGCCGGUGUCAAUAUCUUUUGACAUCAAUAACACAUUUUUGCCGAGCGCCAAUGUGAAAUGUGUGUCCUGGGAUUAUUCGCUGGGUGGCUGGAGUGAAUAUGGCUGCAGCUUGCGUGAGGUCGUGAACGGUUCGGCAACAUGCGAGUGCAACCAUCUAACACACUUCGCAAUUCUCGUGACUCGCGCACACCUGGCUGAUACGAUUCCCGCUGCCAUUCUGACAUACGUCUCGUACAUUGGCUGUGGACUGUCAAUCUUGGGAGUCACCGCCACACUAGUGACCAUUCUAGCAAUCAGGAAACUCCGAACAAAAGCCCACCAAAAGAUGGUGUUUGGACUCUGUAUUUCGCUACUGGCAGUGCUGAUACUCUUUCUGUUUGCGGAACAAGUCGUCAGUGACACCAUCAUCUGCAAGGGAAUCGCAAUGGGGCUUCACUACUUCUUGCUGUCGGCGUUCUGUUUCGCUGCGGCCGAUGCUACGUAUUUGCACCGGCAGAUCGUGCGAGUAAUAGCCAUCAGCAAAGGGGUCUUCACAGUGAAGCGAUCCUUGCUGUUUGCACUGGGUGUGCCUUUGGUGAUUGUAGGCGCAACAGCAGGCGCGACUGGGACAAGCGUAUAUGGGCGCGGCACUGAUAUGAACUUCUGUUGGAUCCAUAGCAGAGUUUACUUCUUCGGCACUUUCAUAGGUCCACUCGUGUUAAUCAUGCUGUACAAUGCUACUAUUCUGGCUACCGUGACGCGUGCUCUGAUGGGAGGCAAGGGCAAGGUAGCCAGCAUGAAGAAGGCCAAACGCAAUGACGGCGUUCGUAUGGCGCGCGUAGUCCUCUCAUUGUCCAUGCUGCUUGGCCUAACCUGGAUAAGUGCUUUCGUAAUGUUGCUAACGAACAGCAUAGUUGUGCAGUACGUAUUCACCAUCUUCAACACCCUACAGGGCUUCGCUAUAUUCGUUCAUACGAUACUUGAUAAAGACGUACGCAAAGGAUGGUCGGACGUUCUCUUGCAACGUAGAAAGUCGACCAGUGUUCGUGGAGCCCUAUACUAUACCUCACAUGUGAAUCGACAAGUGGACAUGUUUGAGACACGAACGACCAGUAUGCAUGGAAGUAGGCGCUCUACCUCAGCGCGUUCACUACCAGAGCGGGUUAUCAUAGCAAGCGCAGCGAAGAACAACAGUUCCAUCUCCUCUACAGUUGAACUACCUGUAUCUCUGAAACGGCCAGCAAGUCGAAGUGAUAGCAUGGGGAAACAGGAGUUUCAGCCACUAUGGGAAGAGCAAAUUCAGGGCUUUUCACCGCCACAUUAUCACGGAGGCCUUGCUAAACCUCAAUCAUCACAAUCACCACUCUCCUAUGCAGCUGGAAAAAGUAGCUACUCAUUUGUGAGCAGUCCGUGGAGAUCGAUUCUCGAGCCAUACCAGGAAAAGAAGUCACCUCUAGCUCUAGAUCCAGAUACCUACCAGAUCUCUCCUGAGCAUCAUAAAGAGCCUUCGCGUGACAGGCGCUACUCCUCCAUCAGCAUCACAAGCAGUGUAUAAGAUACAGUGAAGCCUGUCUAAAACGACGAGGGACCUUCAAAAUGUGGUCUUUGUUGCCAGAUGGUCUCCUUAGUACCCACGGUCAUUUGACUGGAAAUAGUAUCCUUUGAUCCUGGUUUCGGUGGUCUUCUUGGACAGGUGGUCGCCUUAUCCAAGUGGUCGCCUUCACAGGUUUUACUGUUCAAGGAAUAAGCCGCAUAGGGAAGAAAAACACAGCACACCUCAGCGGUUCUACUCAGCACCUCAAGUCACAUAGCACCCGACAUAAAUUCAACUCAUUCCAGCUCAGAGAACAACACGAACGAUUUGGAUGUCAACCACUUGAACACUACGUGCGUAAUUUUCCAGCUGCCAUCCACUUUAAUACAUGUAUUUAAUACUUGAAUAACAACCGGCAUCAAUGAUAUUAAUACGAUGACUAAAUUUUCGUCACCGCCAUAC